AUCUUUGAUUUAUUGUUAUUUUAAUUUAAAUUCAGAUAGAAAAAUGCCAUCCAAGGGAAACCAGCUCAUCCCUAAUGGCCAUUUCCACAAGGAUUGGCAGAAGUAUGUGAAGACCUGGUUCAACCAGCCCGCCAGGAAGAUCAGGAGGAGGGAAAACAGGGUUGCCAAGGCUGCCCUUGUUGCUCCCCGUCCCCUGACCAAGCUCCGCCCCGUGGUCGCCUGUCCCACCUUCAAGUACAACAUCAAGCAGAGGGCUGGACGUGGGUUCACCCUGGAGGAGAUCAAGGCUGCUGGAUUCAGCAAGAAUAUCGCUAGGACCAUGGGAAUCGCAGUCGACUUCAGACGCAGGAACAAGUCCGUUGAGUCCCUGCAGUUGAAUGCCCAGAGGCUGAAGGAGUACAAGAGCAAGAUGAUCUUGUUCCCCUUGAACUCCAAGAAGCCCAAGAAGGGAGAUGCUACCCCUGAGGAGAUCUCCAAGGCUACCCAGCUUUCUGGAGAGGUUAUGCCACCCAAGCGUGUCGUUAAGAGGAUCCGUGCUAUGCCUAUUACUGAUGAUAUGAAGAACUUCAAGGCAUUCCAGGCCAUCAGACAAGCCAGAGCAUACAAGCGUCUCCACGGCAUGAGGCUGAAGAAGGCAGCUGACGCUGAGGCUGAUGAGAUCUCCAAGAAGAAGUAAACAAACAUUAGUGUUGAAAUCCUUGAAAAUAAAGAGUUGGCAAACAAUCUA